CAGGAAUCCCAGCUCUGUAGCAGACCUUAACGUGUGUGCGCACUGAGCAUCCAGGAUGACAGGGAUUAUUCUGUUUCUCUUAUUUCUCGGGCUUCCUCUUUACGAGACAGAGGAGCAUGUUGUCAAUGAGCUGUACACCCUGAUAGAAAAGGGUCAGACCAGUUUUGUGGAUCCAGUUCCGAGCAACCAGAGCCGGGUGGUGGUUAAAGAGCCCUCCCUGCCCAUCAACGAGCUUCUAGAGAAGAGCAGCAAGACCGGCGAGUCCAAAUUCACCCUCCAUCCUCUACCCUCUGCUGUCUGGCCAAAGCACAGUGACCUGGCCCCCAUCCCUCGCCACCACAGUCCCCACAACAAGAGCAAAAAGGGCCCCAAGAGCGACCGUCUGGUGGAGCACAACAGCGAGAAAACCAGAGGUGAGGUUCCUGGUAUGCUUCCCAAAAUCCCGCUGACAGGAGCUGCAGCUGCCGCCACCACCACCAACAACCGCACUGUGCAGAAAACCAACCAGCAGGACACCCAGUCCAACAUCAGUCCUCCUCAGCAGAGUGAACCAGAAGGACACCCCAACUCCAGACCCAGGAGUCCACCCCACACACAGCCUCAGGCUCAGCCGAACCAACCGGCCCCUUCCCCGCGCAGAGAUCCCCCCAACCGACGGCUGGACCCUGAGGAGAACCGGCCGGGGAAGUCCAGUCUCUAUCAGUCAGGGAUCGGUGCAGCGACCCGGAACAACAGCCGUCCGCCUGUCGUCUUCAACCGGCGCUCCUCCAGCCUGCUUUACCAGUUCGACAUCCUGAGGCGAGAGUCCGACUUCACACACGAUGCCUUCUGCAUGAGCGAGUGCAGGAAGGAGAAGGAGGAGAGAGAGUAUUACUGCUACAGUGAGUUUGCUAUCAAUGGCAUAGUUCACGACAUUGAUGUGUUGCGUAAAGGAAUACGUCUCAUCACACUGAUGGUGAGCAGUGACGGCUUCUACAAGAUGAGUCGUCUCUAUGUGACCCCAGACAGCUUUUUCUUCAAAGUCCGCCUUCUGGUGCUGGAUACCUACAAGUGCAGCAAGCCCUGCCCUGACAUCAAACUUGGGACCAGAUACAUUGUAAUGGGUCAGAUCUACCACCGGAGGCGCCAUCUUCCCAGUGACCUCCUGAACCUACUGGGGGGUAAACUGAAGCCCGGAGACGGCCUCCUGCGAAGUAACAACUACGUCAAGCGGUUCAACAAACGGAGGCACCAGAAAGCCCUGGAGGCCACCCGCUCCAGGUGUAGGUGAAGCAAAGAUAAGACUUUUGCCCCCUGCUGCAGGGGAAGAGACAUUGCAGCUUACCUGAACUAAUCAUAACUAACCCCUCAGUAUUGUGCAAGACAGAAGACAUUUCAUGGAAAGCAUGGAUUUAUUUUCUUAUGGACUGCCAUGAUGUAUCAUAAUCCUGAUUCAUCUUUUUUUUUUACUCAUCUGUAAAGUUCCUGAAGUACUGACUUGUGGUCUCUUUGAUAGAAAACACAGGCAGCUUCAAUUAAAUGGAGUUUUCAUGAUCAUUUUGUAAUGUUUGGGGUACCAAGGCUGUCCCCUCUGCCCUCUAUUAUUUUCUCAAAAUAGCAACUCCACUCGAACUCCUCAUUCAUUCAUGGCUGGUUCAUGAAGUCCCUCAAUUGAAAAGGUAUCAAAUUGUCUCACUUUUAAUGGGAAAUUUGGCUAAUCCGAAGCACACUUCUUUCCAUUUAGUAUAAAAUUAGCGUAUAGAAUUUUAUUUGCCAUCAGUAUUCACAUUGGCAUUUUUCUGUUGUAUUCAUACGUGUUUAGCCAGCCAAUAUUUGUGCUGAGAAAGAAACAUACCGUAGUCAGAUCCAGCCUCUUUAUUCCCAUUAUAAUCCAAGCACACAUAUGAACACUCAUAUGGAUAUAUUGAGUAAAUCCUCAAAGCAUGCACCCAUUUUUAUGUGAACACUAGAUCAACAUAUUGGCUUUUCAAAAUAGUGGCAGUUACUUUAACAUUGCAGGAACCUUGGACCUGAUCUUACAAAUCCAAUAUUUUAAUAACGUGAAUUCCUUUGAUUAAUUUAUGAUGCUUCUAAAGUGAUAUGAAUGCAAAACAUUGUAUUGCACUGAAUAGUGUUGUUUUGUAUCACCCACCCCCAUGCAUGUGGUCACUGUUGUUAUUGGUAAGCAGGAAAGGCACUAUUAUUGUUACAUGGACCAAAGGGAAGGAAUGAAGGGCCUGAAAAAGCAGCAACAAACCACAGUGGAGGAGGAGGGAGAAAAAGGGAGAGAGAGAGCACAGGACCUUUACUUGUCAUGAUAGCGGCUUAUUUUUGUAACUUUAAUUAUGUGUCCACGAUGAAAUAUUUGCCUGAGUAGACUGGGACAUCAAAAGGGGUCUUGCUGAAUGAGGAGGGGGUGUGUUGUUGUAGGGACUAAGCCAUAAAUCUAAUCGCAGGAAUCUGAUCCUCUCCGCACCUGGACACAUGACUCGGAAAAGUGCCUCCGUCACAGCCCCACUUUGGGAUGGCUCUUGUUUUCCAUCUUACACACAAACACAUACUUCUCUGGUAAGGCCAAAGCUCAAAAAGGGGGUAUUUAGGCAGGAUCAGAGGAAGAGAGAGGUGGGGGCAAGGUGGAGGAGAAAUAAAGAAGGUUAUGUAAAAUGACACAGGGAGGGGAUUGAAGCAGGAGAAGGGAUAUUGGGUCUGUCUUUCUAAAGGGAUAGCUUCUUAUUUAAUCAGAAAUCCCUGGCUUGAUUGUAGUACGGCCCUGAGCUCAUGCUUCUUAUGAAAGGGAAAAGAUUUGCACUGAACGCUUACAUUGCUUUACUAUACAUGAACCCAAUAAAAAUGUGUAUUUGUUUUGUACUCAA